AUGGAACUCAGACCAUACCUACCACCUGAUGAAUCAAGCUCGAGGUCAGGCGUGCACUCUGGUAUGGGAUACAGUUAUGGGAAUGGUGGUCUACCUCCUAACAUAGGUACUAUAAGACCUGAAGAUGUAAUGAGACCACCUGGCUAUACCUCGAAUGGUAUGGAGAGCGUUCAAGGUAGUUCGGACGCAAGUGGAAAAGCUACUUCCUCCGCGUACAACACAUCCAUUCAUUCUUUCCCUUCUCCAUCACUGAAUCCACCUAAUAUCACUCCUGCGACAAAUAGUAGUUCGAAUCAACCGUAUUAUUCUUCUGGAGGAAUUAGUAGUAACCCACCUAUACCAACUUCUUUCCCACACUUACGACAACCCAAUUCAUCCAAUCCCACCCUUAAUUCCCAUUCUAAUCCAAAUUCAAAUUCCAUACCUAGUCCAGCAUGGUCAUCACCUUUACCACACAAUAGACCUUCUCACGUCAGUAGUACUGAAUUAUCGUCGAAUCGACCAUUAUUCUCUUCUACACAAGGAUCGGGUAUGCCACCUAUCACACCUGACCCAAGCAUGAUCGCAGAUGUAGAUCCUCGCCAGAGGAGUGUAUUCAAGACCUAUGGUAAACCAUCGAGAACCACCCCUUCACCUGUGAAGAAAGCUCAUAUGUCAAACACGAAGGAGUUGAGUCGCUAUGAACCUGUAAUUCUUUCUUCUUCACCUACUUCAGAACCACUCAAUUCCCCAUUCGGAAGAAGGAGCAAAUCCCCCAACAAAAGAAGAAAAGUUAUUCUUUCCGAUGAGGAAGAGGAGGAGGAAGAAGAAGAAGAAUCUGUCGAAUUUCGUACUCCGGCCCUACCAAAAUCAUCUGAUCCUUCUUCGACUAAAUCGAGAUUGGAAGUUGUCUUACCUAAAUCACGACCACCUUCAGCGAAUCAAGAACGAACGAGUAGUUCUGGAAAUGCUGCUGACAAAACACAUGGUGGAAGAAGAGGUCAUUCUCCUGAUCCCCUGGAUAGUUUCAAUGGGCAACCAACUCCAGCGAAAUCUAGACAUACGCAAUCGACAGCCGGCCCUUCUUCAUCCGCAAUCUCCAACACUUCCCGGGGACAAUCCGUUGUUUCCGGACAACUUGCAGAGCCGUCUUCUUCUUCUUCCAGGCGAUCAUCGAGUAGAGUGGCCGAUCACAAAGUCAAAGAAGCUGCAGAAAAAGAAGAGAGAAGACGUAGGAGACGAGAAGAAAAAGAGAGGAAGAAAUUGGAAUACGAACAAACAACGAAAAUAGCGGAGAAAACCAAAAUCAAAUUGACAGUCAAGCCAAUCAGAGAUGUUGCAGAGGAAAACCAAGAUACCUUUGUAGCCAACGGCAACAUCCAGAGCUUGAAACAAUCAGAGAAAGGUACGAUUGUGGAACCUAUCGAAAUCGAAGAAUCCGUUGUUGAGGUACCACCACCUCAGGUUGUGAAUCAAGGGAAGAAGAGGAAGUCCGAUGUUGCCCAAAUUAUAGAUCGUGAAGAUAUUGACGGCGAUUUUGAUCCGUCUGUGGCGAAAGGUAAAGCUAAAAAGGCAAAGAAAGCGAAAAAAGAACCAGUCAAGAAAGGUAAGGCGGCAAGUAAGAAGGUUGUUCAGCCGGAACCGGAGCUUGAGAUGGAGAUUGGAAAAGACAUCCUCGUAGAGCAAGCGGAAGAAGUCAAUGAGCCCCAGGAAGUGGGACCUGCUGUUCAAGAGAAUGAAGAGGAAGUUGCAGAACCAACGAAGUCGCCGACUCCAUCGCCAGUUAAAGCUCCAUCUCCUAUUCGACCUCCUCUCCGCACAACGUCAAGUAACAUAUCCAUUCCAUCUACUUCACGUCCUUCUCCUGGGCCGGUUAAACCGAACGGCACUCCAUCCGUACCUGGAGGCAUCAAAUGGAAAGCUCCUCGUAAUGAUCUGAUAUCGGUUUUGGCUAAAUUUGGAGGAGCUAAACGAUCCGGACUGACAAAAAAACAUAAGAUAAUACCACUACAUCAGAAAAUUGGUCCUCCAGCGAAAUCAUUACCUCCCGUACCUAAAAAGCCUGAAAAGAAGAAAGUUAACGAUGACGACGACGACGACGAUGAUGAUGCCAGUGAAGACGAAUUUGGAAUUAAAAAAGUAAAAAACGGUAAAAAAGGUUUGGAGUGGUUCAUGGUAGAAGAUUAA